AUGGUGAUCGAUUUGUCCAAUAAUAACUUGACUGGAGUGCUUCCGCGAUGCUUGAGUAGUUUGAGUGGUUCUUUGGAAGUAGUGAGCCUACAAAGCAACAGCUUUAGUGGGAAAAUUCCUCAGUUGAAUGGCGACAACUGUGCAUUUCUCAUGAUUGAUCUGAGUUAUAAUGAAUUGAUGGGGCCACUGCCAAGAUCGCUUCUCAAAUGCGAGAAUUUGGAGUUCCUGAAUUUCGGAAACAAUCAGAUUAGAGAUAUUUUUCCUUCGUGGUUGGGAUCACUUCUUAGCUUAAAGGUACUCGUUUUGCGACAUAACAUAUUUCAAGGACUAGUUGGGGAACGGACAAACGGUUUUGAGUUCCCUAAGCUGCAUAUCAUUGAUCUUUCUCAGAACAAUUUGUCGGGUAGCUUGCCAUCCGGAUACUUCAAGCAGUGGACUGCCAUGAAAGUUUCUGAGGAAGUUCAAUCAACCUACAUUGGCAAAUCUAUCCUGGACACCAGAUGGCUGGGCUUUCCAUCCUCAACCUUUGACUACUCUAUGAGAGUAAUUGUCAAAGGCAUCCAGAUGAAUUACUCAAAGAUCCAAGAGUACCUCACAUUGAUUGAUCUCUCGAGCAACAACUUCAGCGGAGUGAUCCCCGAAACCAUUGGAAGCUUACAGCAACUAGAAUUGCUAAACCUUUCCAACAACAUGCUUUCCGGUCCUCUGCCUCCAUUCUUGGCAAACCUAACCAAUUUGGAAGCAUUGGACCUUUCUCAGAACCAGCUCUCAGGAGAGAUCCCUCAGGAGUUGACACAACUCACUUCGCUUGCGGUCUUCAACGUAUCUUACAACCGUCUGACUGGGCCGAUACCGCAGUCACAGCAGUUUACUACAUUCGAAAACAACUCCUACAAGGGAAACUCAGGGCUAUGUGGCAAACCUUUGUCUAGAAAAUGCGGAGAUCUCGAAGCGUCACCACCAUCAUUUCCGACAUCAAAAGAAGAUCAAGAUUCGGGAAGUGCAAUGGAAUUAGACUGGAAGAUUGUGUGCAUGGGGUAUGCGAGUGGGUUAGUGAAUGGAGUGGUCCUCGGGAACAGCUUGAUCACAAGAAGGGCACAGAGACUUGUGAAGAACUUUGGUAGAAGCAGGCAAAGGCGAAGUAGGUAG